AUGGCCAGCGUGCAGCAAGGCGAGAAGCAGCUUUUUGAGAAGUUCUGGCGAGGGACCUUUAAAGCUGUGGCCACUCCGCGUCCCGAGAGCAUCAUCGUCGCCAGCAUCACAGCCCGAAAGCCGCUGCCAAGGACAGAGCCCCAGAGCAGCUCCAUGGUCCCAGCUCAGGAUGGACCCUCGGAAAAGCUGAGCCAGCAUCUGGCCACAGAGGCUGUGGGCACCAACAGCUGGGAGAGAGACAAGGCCUGCCGGGAGCUCAGUCCUGCCAGAGCACACAGUGCCUCCCAUGACAAAGACUUGACACCACCGCCCUCCUCCAGGGGGAAGAAGAAAAAGAAGAAAUCCACCAGGAAGAAGAGAAGGAGGUCCCCAUCCUAUAGCCCAUCGCCUGUCAAGAAGAAGAAGAAGAAAAAUUCUAAGAAACAUAAACGCCGCAGGUCAUUCUCCAAGAAGAGAAGGCACAGCUCCUCUAGCCCAAAAAGCAAAAGAAGGGAAGAGAAGAGGCACAAAAAACAAUCUCGAAGCCGGCCCCGAAAGUCUCACCGCCACCGCCACCACCGCUGCCCCUCCCGGUCCCAGAGUUCGGAGUCCCGCUCCUCAAGCUGCGGGAGCAGGCACCGCGGCCGGUCCCCCGAGGAAAGGCGGAAGUCCCGCCGAAGGCACUCCGGCCGCUGCUCCAAGACCCUCUGCAAGGCCAGCCCCGAGGCCCGGUCCAGCCACCUGCCCAGCCAGCCCCUCCAGCUCAGCUUCCUGUCGUCCAGGAGCGUAAUCACUGGGUCGGGGUCUGCUGCUGACCUCUUUACCAAAACAGCCAGCCCGCUCACCACCUCCAGAGGACGCUCCCAGGAGUAUGACUCAGGCAAUGACACCUCCUCGCCACCCUCCACGCAAAUCAGCUCAGCCAGGUCGAGGGGUCAGGAGAAGGGGAGCCCCAGUGGGGGCCUAAGCAAGAGCCGGGAACUCAACAGUGGCAACACCUCUGAUUCAGGGAACUCCUUCACCACCUCCUCACCCCAGAACAAGGGGGCCACUUUGGAGAAUCUCUCCCCCACCAGCAGGGGCCGAGAGUCAAGAGGAUUUCAGUCUCCUUGUCUGGAAUGCACUGAGGUGAAGAAGUCCAGUUUGGUCCCAUCCACAGCCCGGAGCUCUCCAAGAGAGUGCUCCCGCAGCUCCUCCUAUGCCAGCACCCGUUCCUCCAGUCACUCCUCCCGAUCCCCACAUCCCAGAGCCUCCCCCAGGUAUACCCGGAGCCGAUCCACCUCCUCUGGAAAAAGGUCUUACUCCCGCUCUCCCAGCUAUUCCUCCAAAUCUGGCAAGAGGAGCCCGCCUAGCAGAAGCUCGAGACCUCGUCGCAGCCCCAGCUACUCCCGCUACAGCCCCAGCAGGGAGCGGGACCCUAAGUACAGUGAGGACUCGCAGCAGCGGGAGCGCGAACGAGCGCGUCGGAGACGUCGGUCCUACUCGCCCAUGAGGAAGCGCCGGAGAGACUCCCCCAGCCACCUGGAGGCCCGGAGGAUAACCAGCGCUCGGAAGCGCCCCAUCCCCUACUACCGGCCCAGCCCCUCGUCGUCCAGCGGCCUCAGCAGCUCGUCCUCCUGGUACAGCAGCGGCAGCAGCCGCUCCGCCAGCCGCAGCUACUCCCGGAGCCGCAGCCGCAGCCGGAGCCGCAGCCGGAGCCGCAGCCGGAGCAGGACCCGCUCGAACAGCAGCUCCAGCUCGCGCAGCCCCAGCCUGGGCUCCCGGAGCCGAAGCCGGAGCUCCAGCUCCGCACACAGCUACUGCAGCACGAGGCGCUAA